AUGGACAGCGAGAUCCCCCUCCCACCGCCGCGGCGGAUCCGGCAUCGCUCACCCGCAACCGCGAACCCCUCAGCGACAGGCGCGGUGUUCUCCUCGUUCCAGCGCGCACAGCGACUGUCGCGCUUCGAUGACCGCUCCAGUCAGCCAUCCAGUGAUCCUGCGCUCUUCUCCAGUGACGAUAUCCCCGCUUCUGGGUUGGAGAACUACCAUGCGACGGUGUCAGGCGCGGGUCGCAAACGGCGGUAUCGGGGGACCUGGUGGGGGGAGCAGGUGAUAGAUCCGAAGCGGAAAAGGGCUGACUUUAAAGACAAGAGGAAUGUUGAUAGUGGUGUGUGGAUGGGGAGUGACGAGUCUGGUGCUGAGUCGCUUUUGCCGUCAGAGGAUGGCUCGGCGUGGGGGGAAGACUUGCGCAAGUCUGUGCUUGAUCCUAGAAAGCCUGGAAGCUCCACGCCUUUCAUGAAUGAAAUAGAGAACACGCCUGCGCAGACUCGCGUGGUGUUUAGAAGUCCUGAAGAAUCCGAUGCUCAUCGAUUUGCGCGGGAGGUUGUCAGCGAUUGUCUUGAUAAGGGACAUGAGAGCAUUGAUCUUGGUGACUUCCAUCUAAGAACUAUACCAUCCGGCCUCUUACGACCUUUACAACACCUAACGAAGCUUCCAUCAGUCAAGGAAGCCCCGGUUUCAGAGAACGUCUUCACAUCUCUGCAGCCGUUUCUUCACAUAUAUCUCCCCAAUAACUCCCUAUCAACCCUGCACAACGAUCUCUUCGAGCUCAGCAACAUCAAAGUCCUCAGCUUGCGAAACAACAAGCUGACCGAAAUCCCAUCUACAGUCCGCAGACUGAUAGCCCUGGAAGUCUUAAACCUUUCUGUCAACCAAUUGACCUCUCUUCCUUGGGAGGUCCUCAAACUCAUGCAGCAAGGCGAACUGAAACACCUGACCGUACGCCCGAACCCAUUCCUUCCAAUCGAAGAAGCGCAGAUUGCAGAAUGGCACUAUAAACCGACCAAUGAAAAGGAAAUAGACAACGACGAGGACUCAUCAGAUGAGCAGUCAUCUCCCUCGCUCCAAUUCCAAGAGCAGGGAUCUUCUCUCAACGAGGGCUGGACCCCUAUCCACGUUGCAACAGGCCCGAUCACUUAUAUGAAUAUGGAGGGCAAUCCCAUCAGAGACACUUUAUCCCGCAACAGACCCACUCUCACACCAUCGGAACUGGCAUCUACUGUAAACAACGCCCCAUCCCUGCGCGAACUCGCACUCCGUGCUGUGAGUAAGCUCCCCUACCUGGAGCAAACCACCGACGAAGAGCUGGCUGAGUAUCCGGCGCUGAUAGUGCCCUUGCUGCAACAAGCGAGGGAAGUGCGCGCUGCAGGUGGAAAGUCCUGCUCUGUUUGCCAGCGUGAGUAUGUGAUUCCCCGCACUGAAUGGAUGGAGUGGUGGGACUUUACCCCGUGUGAGAAUGGGAUGAAGAUGCCUCGCUGUCCAGGUGAGAAGCUUCGACCUUUACCGUUCCGGCGGUUUGGUUGUAGCUUGUCGUGUGUGCCA